UUUUACCAAACACCUGAUAUAAAAUUUCGAUUGUUUGAUACUCCCAUAUGUGAAUUUAAUUUUGCUAGAUAGCAUAGCGAUAGCCCUUGAUUUAUACUUGGGGCAUGAUAUGGAUAUAAAAGAGAUGAUAUAUUUAGAGGAAGGGUUAGAUAUUAUCGAUUUGGAUGCUUUUGAUGACUCUAACCAGGCUAUAUGGCUCUUCGAAACACCCACCUUUAAAACUAUCCAAGAUGCCAAUCACAAAAAAUUUCAACCAUCUUACUUCAAUGGAAAUAAACAUUUAUUAGAUUGCCAAAAGACCGUAAAUAGCGGCUCCCAUACGAUUUCUCAAUCCUCUUCUAACAACGAGAUUUAUGAGUUUGACCUUUGUUCCAAUGUCAAAACGUCAAAAGAUUUUUCCGACCUUCAAAUAGAGGCGCAUAAUCAGGAAAUGAAUUUAUGUCAAAGUCUGGAGUAUUUGACCCCCUUCCAAUCUCCGGACAGGAUGGAUAUUUUAACAAAAACCUGUAGCUCCACCGGAACUGGGAGCGGCGCAGAAAAUGAAUCCGCCUUUUAUUCAGCUGAUUCGGAGAAUUCUUUCAAUGGUUCCUCGUCUACUGGAAGCGGGCGUGGACAAAUCGUCAGGAAAAAUACGUUUCAUCUGAACGCCCGACCUUACACAUCAAAAUUACCAUCAAAAAUCAACUACGUCCGUUCGGCUUUUUGCAGGUAUUUGGAUUCGGAUGCGGUCAGAAAACGAGCAAUUCCUCAAAGUACUCAAUCACACAUUGUUUUCGAUGGCAAAGCGCUUAAGAAAAUUUCCACUUUACCAACAGGCCGAAUUACGAUGGCCGAUAAAUCAAUCAAUAACAAUGCUAAAAUAAAUAAUCAUCCCAUUUUAAAUACCAAAUUCUUUAAAAUAAACACAAGUAAUAAUGAUCGUAUAAUAAACAAUAAUAACGACAGAAUUCCCUACAAGCAUGACGAAAGAACAACGAACGAUAAUAAAGGAAUAUUAAAAAAUGGUGAUAUUAUUGUUAAUAAUAAUAAUGUAAUAAUAAAUAAUUUUAAUAAUAAUCAAAUAAAUGAUAAUAUUAAUAAAAACGAUAAAUCACUAAAUAGCAGGAUUUCUCGUAUUCCUAGACCUUCCAAAACUUCAAUCAAUCAUAAAAGAGUAUUUUAAAGUGGAAUAAAUAAUACUAAACAAAAAAAGCAAAUCGAGCUGCCUAAAAAAUAUUGCUUUAAAAUUUUUUAAAUAUGCCUGAGUGGUCUAACUCUUAUUCCUAUAUAUAUUGGAGUUUAUGUAUCUUUUUUUAAAAGUUUUCUAUUCUAUUCAAUUAUUUGUUUCAUAAAAUUACAUUUAAAAAAAAAAUUCAAUUACAAUAUAUUUAGAAUAGUUUUUUUUCGUUACAACGAUCGAAGGAAAUAUUUAUUACUUAAAAAUAGAAGAAAAGGUAUUUUACUAAUUAAACCGGUUUAUCUACCAAACAUAUUUAAAUUAAUUUGGGUAUUUUUUUUUACACUAAAAUAAAAAAAAAAAUUAUUAUAAUUUUUUGAUUCAUAAUUAUUCGCACUUUAUCGCAUAUUCAUUAUUGUAUUUAGACAUUUUACGCAUAUCGCUUAUCGCAUGUUAAGGCUCUCUAAAGCAAACCACGUCCCAUCAUCUUAAUGUAUGAUUGCUCACUUCCUCGAAAAGAAAGAUUUUCAUAAGUGGAGGGUCUGUGUUAUUUAUUUUUUUUAUAAUAAAAAAAUAUUUUUCACACUCGCAUUAUUUCAUUCAUUAAAUUAAAAUUAAUUUAUCAUAAUUAAUAUGAAUUUUAUUUAUUUGUUCUAAUGUAUCUACUUAUAAUCAUUAUUUAAUAAUGAUGCUUAAUUUUAAAUUUAUAUAUAUAUUCAAAAGUAAUGUUCGCCAAAAUAUUAUUUUGUGUUGUAAAAAUAGUGAAAUCUCUUUAAGAUGACCUUUGUGAAAUUCUCUUUGAGCAAUAUUAUUUGAAAUUGGUCAUUUUAGGAGGU